CGCGCAUAUGCGAGAGUAGUUUUGACAGAGAUUUUUUUUUAAUUAAGUUACUUUUUCUCCCUCAGUCCCUCUACUCCCUGCUUUUUAUUGGAGGAAAUUUGGUCAGCUGACAUUGUCAUCUUGUCCAUCCUAGAGUGAGGCUUUAGCGACAACAUUCGGCGGUGUCUUGUGUCUUUAUUGGCGUCCAGAAAUACAUUAUAAAGAAAUCAUACAGCGUGCCUGUAUUAAAAUAUAGACUGACAGUGAAAAAAAGAGAGUGACUUAAUGAGUGUGAGAGAGGGAGAGAAUAAAAAGAGAUCUGAUAUUGAAAGGGAGGGAGGGAAAGGGAAAGAGAGGGCGCAAGGGAGAGAGGGAGGUAUGAAUUCUUAUUUCGCAAACCCGUCGCUCUCAUGCCAUUUAGCUGGUGGUCAAGAGGUUUUACCAAACGUGGCCCUAAACUCAACUACCUAUGACCCAGUUCGACACUUCUCCUCCUACGGAACCGCUGUAGCCCAAAACCGGAUAUAUUCCUCGCCUUUCUAUUCUCCCCAAGACAACGUUGUAUUCGGCUCGACCAGGGGACCGUACGAGUAUGGAUCCAACGUGUUUUACCAAGAGAAGGACGUGCUACCCAGCUGUAGGCAGAGCAGUUUGGGACAAGGUUCACAAAGCUCGCUCGCGCAGGAUUACCCGUCUGAUCAAGGCAGGAACGGCUCACAGGAACAAAAGGGGAACAUUCAGAUCUACCCGUGGAUGCAACGGAUGAACUCUCAUAGCGGAGUUGGAUACGGUUCUGACAGGCGAAGAGGACGCCAAAUUUACUCCCGAUACCAAACUCUAGAACUCGAAAAGGAAUUCCAUUUCAACCGCUACUUGACGAGACGCAGACGUAUCGAAAUCGCCAACGCACUAUGUCUCUCGGAACGUCAGAUAAAAAUCUGGUUCCAGAAUCGCCGGAUGAAAUGGAAAAAGGAAAGCAAUCUAACGUCCACUCUCGCCGAAAGUGGUUCGGCAGGGGCAAGUCAAGACACAGGAAAAGAGGACACAGAAGAGGCGACAGAAGAGAAGAAAGAAUGAACGACUUCAUAUCCUAGCCUACUAUAUGCAUCAAUCCGCCGUGAUGUGAGAAUAACUUAACUACCUAGCAAGUACCUAUCGUCUAUUUUUUAGCACAAUAAAAAACACUAGUCUAUUCAAAGAUAUGGCUGCGUUAAAUGCAAUGUGGAUGCAAGAUAUCUUCAGAUGUCAAUGUUUGCCUUUUUUUAUUAUUCUGUAUUGAUAUGAACUUUUCACGGUGACCACAGAAUUUCUUUCCUUUACUUGACAUUCCCUCAUAUAGCCUGCACAGACUGUGUGUAACGCGAAGACGUUCAUUAUUGUAUUUUCAUAAAUGUUGUUUGACAACGAUGCAAAACACAUGGUUCUCAGCUGUCUGUACACCUAUGACGAAUAUGUUUUUCCAAAAAGGAUUGUCAAAAGAAUAUGUGAAUUAAACUACAAGAGUUACAUCCACUUGUGUGUGUGUAUCAUAUAUAUAUAUAUGUGUGUGUGUGUGUGUAUCUGUUAUACAUACCUUAGCCCUGUGAGAGCAUGUGUGUGCAACCCGCAACUUUUUUUGUAGUAAGUAGGCCUACUUUAUUUAUGUUUAGAUAUGUACCAGUAGCCUACAUUGAGUAUGUGGUCAAAUAAUAACUGACCUAUGUGGCUUAGAUUGUCGCGUUAGAUGAAAAUCUAAAAUUAAACAAUAACAGUGAUGUAUGACAUUUACGUCAAGUCAUAUUUAAUAAAACUGUUAAUAAAAAAGUUGUCCAUGUCUUUGCGCCCACCAUACCAAGGUAGUCUCGUUCUCAAACAGCAGCAUUAUAGCCCUCCAGGUUAAAUGUGUACACAUGUCAUUGUUCAUGUUUUUUAUUCGUCAUAUAAUAGACCUUUGUCACUUAAAAUAAAUGAAUGUUCUGUGGCUCUCU